AUCAAGCACCAUGCAGACUAGUUCUACAAACAUUUGUGAAAGAAUGGGUCACUCUCAGGAGCUCAAUGAAUUCAAGCGUGGUACCGUGAUAGGUUGCCACCUGUGCAAUGAGUCCAUCCAUGAAAUUUCCUUGCUACUAAAUAUUCCACAGUCAACUGUUAAUGGAUUUAUAACAAAGUGGAAAUAAAUGGUAACAACAGAAACUAAGCCACGAAGUGGUAGGUAGUGGGUCAGCUCAGCUCGCUAACUGUCUGCAGACAUUCUACAGUGUGCAGUAAGGUAAAAGACAUUCUGCAUGCAGCUUCCCCACAGCCUCCCUGCUUCAGCGCUGUUCACGAGUGCCGAGGCUGUCUCA